CUUCUUUCAGAUACAAUCUACCACACCAUCAAACUUACUACAUCUGAGUUAUUAUGUUGAAACAAGAGAGUAACGACAUUGGUAGUGGAGAGAACAACAGGGCACGAGCCUGUGACACAUGCCGGUCAAACGCUUGCACCGUAUACUGCCAUGCAGAUUCUGCCUACUUGUGCAUGAGCUGUGAUGCUCAAGUUCACUCUGCCAAUCGUGUUGCUUCCCGCCAUAAACGGGUUCGGGUCUGCGAGUCAUGUGAGCGUUCUCCGGCUGCUUUUUUGUGUGAGGCAGAUGAUGCAUCUCUAUGCACAGCCUGUGAUUCAGAGGUUCAUUCUGCAAACCCACUUGCUAGGCGCCAUCAGCGAGUUCCAAUUCUGCCAUUUUCUGGAAACUCUUGCAGCUCCAUGGCCACUCACCACCAGAGCGAGACAACAAUGACCGAUCCAGAGAAGAGACUGGUGGUGGAUCAAGAGGGAGAUGAAGAAGGUGAUGAGGAUACCAAGGAGGUGGCUUCGUGGCUGUUCCCUAACUCAGACAAAAAUAGUGGCGAUCAAAAUAACAAUAACCAGGACAAUGGGUUAUUGUUUAGUGAUGAGUAUCUAGACCUUGUGGAUUACAACUCAAGUAUGGACUACAAAUUCACAGGUCAAUACAAUCAACACCACCAAAACUGCGGCGUACCACAGACAAGCUACGGAGGAGAUAGAGUUGUUCCGCUUCAACUUGAAGAAUCAAGGGGCCACCAGUGCCAUAACCAACAGAAUUUUCAAUUCGAUAUCAAAUAUGGCUCCUCAGGAAGUCACUGCAACGACAACGGUUCCCUUAACCAUAACGCACACAUUUUAUCUUUGGAAACUGGUGUUGUGCCGGAGUCAACAGCACGUGAUAAAACAGCUUCACACCCAAGAACGACGAAAAAGACGACAGACCAACUACCUGACCCUCCAAUUCAGAUGAUAACCCAACUUGGUCCAAUGGACAGAGAAGCUAGGGUCCUGAGAUACAGAGAGAAGAAGAAGACAAGGAAAUUUGAGAAGACAAUAAGGUAUGCUUCAAGGAAGGCAUAUGCAGAGAUAAGACCGCGGGUCAAUGGCCGGUUCGCAAAGAGGAAAGAAAUCGAAGCCGAGGACCAAGUGUUCAACACAAUGCUAAUGUACGACACAGGAUAUGGCAUUGUUCCUUCAUUCUGAUACUCCUAUGGCAAAAAUAAAGACUAGAUUGCAAGCUGUAAAUAAAUUUUUAGUUUGAGA